GAGGCCUUGCCGCUGAACGCCUGCGGUGUUCGUCUCUUCUGAGGUACUUUGGGACUGUGGGACUGUGUUCUGUGAACCCGCCCUGCCUCUCUGAGCAGGUGAGAAGGGCUGAGAGCCUUGUGCUGUUUAAGCGCCCGCCAUGGCUGAAGCGCCCUCUCAAGUGCGACAGAACUAUGACUGGCACUGCGAGGAUGCCGUCAACACCCAUAUCCAGCUGCGGCUCUAUGCCUCCUAUGUGUACAUGUCUAUGGCCGUCUACUUUGACCGUGAUGACGUGGCCCUGGGAAACUUCAAGCGUUUCUUCUUGAGCAAGUCACACCAAUGCCAGUCCAAUGCCGAAGUGUUCAUGCACCUGCAGAAUACGCGUGGAGGCUGCCUCUCCCUUCAUGACAUCGCGAGACCGGAACACGACAGCUGGCAUGGCGGCAGUCAGGCCAUGGAGUGCGCCUUGCACAUGGAGAUGAUGAUCAACCAGAGUCUGCUGAACAUGCACGAAGUGGCCAAGGAAAAAGGCGACGCCCAGCUCUGCCACUUCCUGGAGCAAAACUUCCUGAAUCAGCAGGUCGAAGUUCUGAAGGAGGUGGGCGGCUACCUGACCAACCUGCGCCAGAUGGGAGCCCAGGAGCACAGCUUGGCCGAAUACCUCUUUGACAAGCUCAGCCUGUCCUAAAGCUUCAAGUGGACUGAACUGGGUUGUCCCCCACUGCCUUGGGGUCUUCCUCCGUUCAUUACACCUGAUGGUCAUGUUGAUUUUGAAGCAAAGUUCACUUGUUUUCUCCUUCUGUUUGACUGUUGUUUGAAAUAAAAAGCGUUUGUUUGCAGC